GUCACACACAGGACCAAGCAGGAGAAGGACCUCAGCAUUUUGACCCUUUAUUACAAAUGGAGAAACAUGAAGAUGUUCAAUACUGUUUUCAAGACGGAAACUCUUCUUGCAGAAAGGCUUUGCUAUUGACAUCUAUCUACAUAACACUGUACAUCUUCUUCUCAUUGAUUUCAGCAGUUACAGUAUUUUUGAACAUACUGGUGAUCAUCUCCAUCUCUCACUUCAAGCAGCUCCACACUCCAACCAACCUGCUCAUCCUUUCUCUGGCUGUGUCAGAUCUUCUGGUGGGACUGAUUGUGAUACCAGUAAUGACUGUAGCAAUAAUGGAAGCAUGCUGGGGUUUGGGGGAAUAUUUCUGUGCGUUUCAAUUCUACAUUGCUUUUUUAUGUACUUCUUUAUCUCUGGGUAAUUUGGUCUUGAUAUCUAUUGACCGUUAUGUUGCUGUGUCUGAUCCCUUAUUGUACCACUCUAAAAUAACAACAACAAGAAUGAUGUGUUGUAUAUCCAUUACCUGGUGUUGUUGUAUCAUAUACGAUGCUGCUAUUAUAAAAAACUUUGUAAAUGUACAUGUACCCAGUAGGUGUUUGACAGAAUGUUUUAUUGUUGAAGGGUCAAGCUGGGUUAAUAAUAUAAUUUACAUUGCAUUUACAAUGGUUGUCCCGUGCUCUAUUAUUAUAACACUUUAUAUGAAAAUCUUUGUGGUGGCCAGAUCACAGGCCAGAAAGGUGUUUUCUAAAGAGGCUGUCAGUGUGUCUGGUGUUAAAACUACAUCCAUCUACACAGCCAUCAGCAACGCAGCCAAGGAGUACAGCCUGCAGGUAUAUGAACCAGGUCCAGAACAUGUGAGUGUGGUGGUGAACAACCCUGUGUCUCUAACCUGUGACAUCCCUCUUCCUGCUAUCACCUGGCUGAACGAUGGAAACACAACAGAGCAGGAGACCGCAGCAGACACUUCAACCUCAACAUACUGGUUAUGA